UCGUGGGCAGUUUCGCCAAUAAACUUCCGUUUCGUAGUAAACGUACAAGUAGCCGAAGCGGCAGUUCCCGGUCGGCUCAUUGAACGUUACCGUGUCUGUGUGCUCUCUCUGACAGUCUGUUCACUCCGUGCUGGUAGCGGGGAUGGCAAGCGACAGGACACACAGCCAGUGAGCUCCAGUCGCAGUCCAGCUCGAUUAAACAAGUCCCAGUGUCAUGCCGGUCCCAGCUAUGGCAGAGACCGUGGUUGAUCACCAGAGACGGUUUCAGGCUGCUGUGGAUGUCAUCCAUAACCUCCCCAAAAAUGGUUCCUAUCGGCCGUCCUAUGAGGUGAUGCUGCGUUUCUACAGUCUGUACAAGCAGGCGGUGUGUGGCCCCUGUACAGUGCCUCGACCCGGCUUCUGGGACCCAGUCGGUCGCUACAAAUGGUCAGUAUCUGUGUCUGCUUGUAUAUCAUAGAGCCAGUGUGUUUAA